AUGAAGACAUAUGAUGGUUAUACAAUACAAGGAAAGCUCGUGGGCUUAAGAAAUAUUGGAAAUAGUUGCUACAUUAACGUAAUAGUUCAAAGUUUAUUCUGGACACCAGAAUUUAGAAAUCAAAUAUUCUGCCACAAAAAUGAAGACGGCAAUAAUAUUAUUUUAGAAUUACAGAAACUGUUCACUCUCUUGCAGAUAAAUGACGAUACAGCAUUACCUACAUCAUUUAUAAAAACAUGUGGGUGGGAAAGUCCUCUUCAAGAAGAUGCCCAAGAAUUAUAUCUCGUAGUAUUGAGGAAGCUGUAUGAUUAUUUUGCUGAAAAAAGUUUGAAAAAUACUAUUGAAGAUCUAUACGAAGGUCACAUACAAUACUCUACGACUUGUUUAACAUGCAGAAAAAAAUGUAUUCACCACGAAAAUUUUUUGGACAUCUCAUUACCUGUAAUAGAUGCAAGUGGGAAUUCUUUUGCCAGUUUGAAAGCAGCUCUUACGGACUUUAUGAAGCCCGAAGUUAUGCAGCAUUAUUGUAAGGAAUGCGAUGAAACUGUUUAUGCUCUGAAAGAACAACUGUUGACACAAGAGCCUUAUGUACUGAUUAUCCACUUGAAAAGAUUUAAUUAUGACCAAGAGAAAAAACAAAAUAUUAAAUUAGAAAACAGGCUUUUAUUUCCUGCAUUUCUAAGUUUGCAUGGGAUCCAGAGAAAUUUAGGCAAGAGUCAACCCUGUGUUGAUAACAUAGAAACAGACAGUUACGAAUUGUUUUCUAUCAUUAUUCAUGAUGGCAAUGCUUCCGAAGGUUAUUAUUACGCAUUCAUAAAAGAUCUGGAGACAAAAGUAUGGAUAUGCUUCAAUGACGAGUCAGUUACGCUGUUACCUACAGAAGAAAUCAAUUAUUAUGAAAAAGUAUUAUUAUGGAUGGAAAAUAGCAGUUUCGUUAUUGAAAACAGUAAUAACUCACAGCAACUAAUGAAACUUCCAAAUGAAGUUUACUACAGUGAAACUUUAUUAAAGAAGAAAAGUAAAUUAUCAAAAUUAUUAUUAUUAUCUGAGGAUAUGAUAAACAUUGACAUUAACAAUGGCGAAGGUAGUACACCAUCAUCAUUCAUGUCCCCUCACAAAUCCGAUUCCGAAUCAGAAGCAGUGCUGAAGAAUGAUAACGAGGAAUAUGCAUACACUGCAUUGGUAAAUGAUAAUAACUGCAGUUUGUCUUCUGUAGUUGAAAACCCCGAAGUUUGGUAA